AUUUUGUAAGUACCCGCACAACAUCAUCAAUGCUGAAAACAAAAAAAUUCUGAAGAGCCAUGAGUUGUCUGGCCUCGAUGAGAAUGAGCUGCGAGUGCUACUUCUCCAGAACGACCCUUUCCUCCUCCCUGAUGUCUGCCAAUUUUACAACAAAAAGGAUGGUAUCUGCAGCCAGCAAGACAACUGCAACAAGCUUCAUAUUUGUCGACACUUUCUGAGAGGGGAAUGUAGAUUCUUUCCGUGCAAGAGGUCCCAUAACCUCUUGGAUACCCAUGAACUGGGAGUGCUGCAAACUGGAGGUGUUGACUGGAACACAGCUUCAAACAUCCAGACUAUAUGUGAUCACAGGCAUGUGGAAUUCAUCAAGGAACUGAAGAAGGUGAAAAGGAAUGAAUAUAGCUUUGGCAGUAGACCAGCUGUCUUGAUACACCUUCCAAAAAAGAAGGAUGAAAAAGACGAUUUCCCUGCCAAGGCUUCAAAGGAUAACAAAAAAGAUAAGUGUGAUGAGAUAUGCGUGUUCUACAUCUGGAAGUACUGCAAGCAAGGAGAUGCAUGCACAUCUGUUCAUUACCAUUUGCCAUAUCGGUGGCAGGUGUAUAAUGGAUUCACCUGGAAUGACCUUUCCACGAUGGAGGAAGUUGAAAAGGCAUAUUGUGACCCAAAAAACAGCGGCAUGGCAGAUAAGAACAUCGACUUCCAGACAAUGACUUGCCGUUCUUCUCCGCUUCGACGUCUCUCUACACCAUCAUCGGUCACAAAACCCACGUUUGUAUUGACCACGCAGUGGAUUUGGUAUUGGAAGAAUGACCAAGGCCGGUGGAUUGAAUAUGGGCAACAGGGAGAAGGGGGUACUGUGAACGCACCAUCCUCUGAUGCUAUUGAGAAUUUGUACCUAGCGGAUCGAGAUGCCACCAUGAAUUUCCAGGCUGGCCUGAAUCAUUACGAGCUCAAUUUUAAAGAAAUGAUCCAGACAAACAUCUAUUACAGAACUCGAAGAGGGGUCUGCAGGCGACCAAAGUUUGUGUCUUCAGAAGAUGUGCAGAAGAUAAAGAGAGGCCCGAGGGAUUCUUCUAUUCCAAAUCAAUCCUGUCCUGCCCACUGGGAUCAAUCUGCACUGCCUGACAUAGGAUACAAGGCAGUGGAGAUCAGUGAUAAAACCUCUGAAUACAACAGAAUAAAGCAACUGUUUCUUCAGACUAUGCAAAAGUACAGCAUCCUUAAAAUAGAGAGGAUUCAGAAUCCAUCCCUCUGGAAAGUGUUUCAGUGGCAAAAGGAGCAGAUGAAAAGGGAAAAUGGAGGGAAGGAAGUAAGUGAAAAGCUCCUGUUCCACGGAACCAAUAUGUCCUACAUGAAAGCCAUCUGUGUUCAUAACUUUGACUGGAGAAUUUGUGGAAGCAAUGGAACUAGCUAUGGAAAGGGAAGUUACUUCGCUAGAGAUGCUUCCUAUUCCCAUGCAUACUGUCAGUCGGGGACGAAAACAAACACCAUGUUUGUGGCUCGCGUGUUGGUUGGAGAUUAUAUUAAAGGCAAUGCGGCCUAUGUCCGCCCCCCGCCAAAGUCUAGUGACGGGCUUCGGUUUUACGACAGUUGUGUGGACAACGAGUUCAGCCCCUCCAUUUUUGUGGUCUUUGAAAAAUAUCAGAUUUACCCAGAGUAUAUCAUAGAGUAUAACGAGAAAGUGGAAAAAUGUGUCAUAUCUUAG